AUGUACUUACGAAAUAUUGCGAGACUCGAACAACGUAAUAAUGUCAUUCGCUCGAUGUAUGCGGCGACAACUGAGUACCCGCCGUUAUCGCACGUAUUUUUCGAUAACGACACGGUUAUCGGCGAAUCGCAGCCCGAUGCUGCAUUUGUGAGCAUGGGAUUGGUGUGGAGUAGGCCGAGAACCGUUGACGAUGACAUUGGAAUGCCUUUGAAUCAACCAAUUGGAACGAAGGACAAAAUCUCAUUUUACAACUACGGAAAUUUGUACAAAAACUAUUACAAGCAACAAAAUUAUGGAAAAUAA